CCCGGCACGGUCAGGCCGCGGGGGGCGGUUCCCGCCGGGGCGGGGUGCCGCGAUGCCGGGGUCGCCGCGGCGGGCAGGGUCAGGGCCAGGGCGGGAGGCGGCCGCCCGCCGCCGCCCUCGUCCCCCUCGCCUCGCCUAGGCCCUGCCGGGGGUUGCCGGGAGCCCUCCCCCGCCGCCGCUCGCCCGGGGCCUCCGGUGCCGACGGGAGGAGCCGCGAAGGUCCUGCCCCGAGGAAUGGCUGCGGAUGUCCACAAGAAGAAAGGCUGGGAAGUGCCCAACGGGUCCCUGGCGCCGGGAGAUGGGCAGCACGCGGAGCGGUCGGAGAGCCCCACGCCGGGGCUGGCACAGGGGACGGAGCCAGGGGCGGGCCAGGAGGGAGCCAUGUUCGUGCACACCCGCUCCUACGAGGACUUGACGAGUCCCGAGGACGGGGCGGCCACGGCGCGGAGCCCGGAGGAGAGGCAGGGGGAGCCGGCCGAGCCGACCAGCAUGGAGCAGAUCAGCAAGGACUUCAGUGAGCUGAGCACACAGCUCACGGGCAUGGCCCUCGACCUGGAGGAGGAGAUGAGGCAGAGCAAGGAGGGGAAGCUGGAGCCAUCCCCGCAGACCACCCGCCGCGACUCGGUGCUGUCGGGCAAGGAGGAGGAGGACGUGACCAUGGACGCCUGGCGCAUGCACCGGAAGCACGUCUUCGUGCUGAGCGAGGCGGGCAAGCCUGUGUAUUCCCGCUACGGCUCUGAGGAGGCCCUCUCCAGCACCAUGGGUGUCAUGAUGGCCCUGGUGUCUUUCCUGGAGGCCGAGAAAAACGCCAUCCGGUCCAUCCACGCAGAUGGCUACAAGGUGGUCUUCGUGCGGAGGAGCCCGCUGGUGCUGGUGGCAGUGGCGCGAACCCGGCAGUCAGAGCAGGAGAUCGCCCACGAGCUGCUGUACAUCUACUACCAGAUCCUGAGCCUGCUCACCUGGACCCAGCUCAACCACAUCUUCCAGCAGAAACAGAACUAUGACCUGCGCAGGCUUCUGGCCGGCUCCGAGCGCAUCACUGACAACCUGCUGGACCUCAUGGCCCACGACCCCAGCUUCCUCAUGGGUGCUGUGCGCUGCCUGCCCCUGGCUGCCAGCGUUCGGGACGCUGUCAGCACCAGCCUCCAGCAGGCCAAGGCCAAGAGCCUGGUCUUCUCCAUCCUCCUGUCAGGGAACCAGCUGGUAUCUCUUGUGAGGAAGAAGGAUCAGUUCCUCCACCCCAUUGACCUCCAUCUGCUCUUCAACCUAAUCAGCUCUUCUUCCUCCUUCCGGGAGGGUGAAGCCUGGACUCCCAUUUGCCUCCCCAAGUUCAACUCUAGUGGCUUCUUCCAUGCCCACAUCUCCUACCUGGAGCAGGAGAUGGACCUGUGCCUCCUGCUGGUCUCCACUGACCGCGAGGACUUCUUCACUGUCUCUGACUGUAAGCGGCGCUUCCAGGAGCGCCUGCGGCGGCGGGGGGUGCACCACGCUCUGCAGGAGGCCCUGCGCACCCCCUUCUACAGCGUCGCCCAGGUGGGCAUCCCUGACCUCCGGCACUUCAUCUACAAGUCCAAGAGCUCGGGGCUCUUCACCAGCCCCGAGAUUGAGGCACCCUACGUGCGGGAGGAGGAGAAGGAAAGGCUCUUGGGGCUCUACCAGUACCUCCACAGCCGGGCUCACAACUCUUCGCGCCCCCUGAAGAACAUCUACUUCACGGGCCCCCGUGAGAACCUCCUGGCCUGGGUAACCAACGCCUUCGAGCUCUACAUAUGCUACAGUCCCCUGGGGACCAAGGCUGGUGCCAUCAGCGCUGUCAACAAGCUCAUGAAGUGGAUCCGCAAGGAGGAAGACCGACUAUUCAUCCUCACGCCCCAGACGUACUGACAGGCAUCGCCCAGGGCAUGGUGCCAGCCGGGGGAGCCCCUGCUGUGACGGGGAGCUUGUCCCACAGGGAAGCCGGGGCUGUGAGCCCAGGGGAGAGGGCAUGGUGGGACCCCGGAGCAUGGGGAAACCCACCCAUGGGACUGUCCAACCUGGGUGUUAGAGAUGGGGUGCGCAGCUGCCUGGGGAGGGGGUGAGCUGGAUUUUCUCUCAUCUGCAGGCAGUGCUCCCCAGCUGCUGGGGGGGAAAGGCUGCCCUUUCUCUGCGGCCCCUGGGUUGUGGGGGUCCUGGAGCGGGGCUACCUGUACCCCAGGUGGCUGGAGGGGAGCUGAGCCCCUGGGUCCUGCUGCCUAUGCCUGGCAUCCUCCUUUCUCUGCCAUCCUGUGGCUGUGCCAAGGGUGGGGGUCACCAGGGGAGAUGUGGCAGCACUCAGGGGACGCCUGUGCUGCUGUGCCCGCAGAUGGCGGGUGACACCACCAAGGUGAGGGACAGGGCUGGCCUGGGACGUACACUGUUCCUCUCCCUGCCCUGGGGGAGCCAGGCCCCAGCAGGUUUGCCCCCUUGGCAUCUGUGUGAGCCCAGACCCUUCCCAGUGUGGCCAUGAGAAGGAUGUCCCUGGGGAUAUGUCCCUGGGGAUGCUGCCAGGCAGGGUGGCUGGUCAGCCUGCCCCAGCUGGGGCAGUGGGCUCCUGCCCACCUCCCCAUGGGGACACAGAGCAGCCCCAGAGAGACUCGGCGUGCCCGUCGGGGUGCUUGUGGGCUCAUGUGCUGGCUCCUGGGCAGUGGACCCUAAAGGAGCAGCUCAAGCAGAGCCCUCUGGAGACCCCUCUGGCAUGGGGCCUUGGUGUCCCCCCAGCCCAAGGAGGGUCUUCCCCUUGGCGUGGGGGGCACCUGCCCCCCAAAACCAGCCCCUUGAGCCAGCUACGCUGAGGUUGCUGCACGGGGACCACCUCCUCCCUGGCCAUCCCCAGGCACUGGUGUGGGACUGAGCACCUGUGAACGCUGCGGCACGCUGGGCACGGCCCAACCCCACGUUUUGGGGCUGUCCGCCAAGGGCUGGGACAGGUGUCUGAGGAGAGGCAGAGCCACCGGGGCGGCACCGAGACACCAAGGGAGCUGGAAAGGACCCGGCAGGGCUAGCGCAGGGACUCUGCUCCUGUAU